AUGGGUUUCAACAAGAAGAAAUUAAGCAAGUAUGUGAAGAUAGCCAAUGGAUCCAAGGUACCUUAUGAUCAUCUAAUCAUCACAACAGGUCAACAAUACCAGGUGAGCUGUCCUACAGGAGCCGACGUUGGCAAACUGGUCACUAACAAGGAGGUACCCAACAAUCCUGAUCGCAGAUACGUUGGUCCCAAACCCAAGAACGUCUUCACCAUCAACGAUGAGAGCAAUGCUGGAAAUGUCAUCAAGUGGCUCAACAAGAGGUUCAUAAACGCUGAAGGCAAGGCCAUCAUAUACGGUAGCAGCUUGGAUGCCUAUACUGCCAUCAACACCCUCCUAUCCCUGGGUAUACCCGGUCACCGCAUCGCGAUGGUACAACCCCCUCAACGCUUCACCGUGACCUGCUUCAACAACCCCACCGUCCAAGAAGCGGUGCACAGCACCAUGGCACAGGCCGGAGUAGAGCUCUAUCAAGGCCACUUCCUGGCCCAGUGGAAUGAUGGGAAGGGUGUGUCGGCGGACGGCGAGGUGUACUGCGCCUCGUUCACCUCCGAGACCAAGCCUCUCAAACUGGAGUGUUCGAUGUUCUUCUGCUACAGCCGCAAGGCGGUCGACUAUGAAGCUUUCAAAGCAAUCAAUGACAGCUGCCUGGUUUAUGAUGGCCGGUUGGUCAUCGAUGCCCUCUUCCAUACUAAUGACCUCUCCAUUAGGGCUGCAGGACCACUCACCAAGUUCCAGAGGAAGUACCAAGCAGAGCAAUGGACUCAUGCCAACUUCAACUCCAAGGAGGUUGGCCGAUCCCUGGCCUCUACCAUGCUCCGUCUGUUUGACCCUACCAUUGAGAAUGACCUCGCCCCACCCCAAGAGCCUCAUUGUCUCAUACCCCUCUACCAGGGGGCCAAGGUACAGGGCGGGGUCAUGCCAGGGGAGCUCCAUUACCUCCAUUACGGCAAACCCGGUCUUGACAUGCCUCUAGAGGUCCAGAUGGCACAGGCGGACUAUGGUCGUGAGAUCAUAACAGUGGAUUCUCAGCAGAAUUACUUCCGGCUUCAUCUUAACCACUACUCUAACAUCCAGACGGUCACAUGCCUCUCCCAUCAGCCGAUCGACGUGUCCAACCUGUUGUGCCUGUACAACGUCCACGAGAGAUUCUUGAACAACCUGGUAUCAAGGUUCGAUGAAGGACUCGUCAAAGAUCUCUACUCUUACUUCCGAGAGACGUGGAGUCUAGCCAUCUUCCAUGAUAGAUUCACAGACUUCAGACAGGAGGUCAGAGAGCUCCUUGUCCAGAGACCGGCCGUUGAUGUGAAUUCACUGGAAGAAAAAGUCAGAGAGCUUAUCUCACAAGAUCUGUUGUUGGAAAGCCAUGACCGCAAAUAUCUGGUCGAGGAGUUUGAAAGACAAGGUAACAAGAGGUCUGUGGAGACGAGACUACUAAGCUUCUUGAGCUAUAACUACUACCACCUUCCUAUGUACGCAAAACCAGGCAUGGUCUAAGUAAGACACAAGAUACAUACGAAGUGAAGGGAAACGGUGAAGCGAACAUGGGAAUGCUAACUGAAUACAUUGCACAUCCAGUUGAUCGUGACAAGAAGUUAAGCCAGCCAACAAUCUGAUAUCUUGGUGAAAAUCAAGUUUUGCUAAUCUGCGUACCCUGCAUUGUCCUGAAAUCUAUAAAUUGUAGCAAAUGUUUGCCAUGCAAAAUAAAUGCUCAUGAUCCAGAAACGUUAUGUUCUUUAACAGAAAAAACCCCACAUUUUUAAUUACUUGGAAAUGCAAGAUCGACCUUCAUGAAUCCAUACCACAAUGUACCUACAUAUCAAAUGAUUUAGAAUUCGUCUUGGUUCAUAAUAUAAUACUGUAUUCUGGUCCAGCUGAUUAUAUUCAAGCAUUAUUUACACUUAACUCUCUACUACCAAUAGGUCCACUGAGAGAAAGUUUCAGAUUAAGCUGUGUCCUCAUUGUCCAAUGAAGUUUGGGCUUUCAAAGAGUUAAUAAAUUUUACAUUGUGAAACUUUAGAUCGACUGGAUGUCUUGGAAGAUUUUUUUUCCAUAGGUUGUGUUUGUAUUCAUCAGUGAAAAAAAAUUCGAAAUGACGGAUUAAAAAAAAAAUUUACUUCUACUUAUGCAAAAUGGACUGAAGUCAAUAGAAGUAUUUAUUUCCCCCCUCUCGUGGAAAAGAUUCAUUUUUGUGGACAUGAAACAUGAUCUCAUUUCCAUGUUUCAUUUUAAAGAAUUGUGUUAACGGAGGAUUGAAAUUAAUACUGCUUACUUUUCUAUAAAAAGGUUCUGUGACUCUUGGAGUGCUAAUUUACAUUUUCUUGUAUCUUGGGAAUGGUGAAGAAUCAGAUGCCUCCCAAGUCUGGAGCUCCUCUUAAUAUAUCAAAGCAAUAAUUUGACUACCGGUAUCUCAUUUGAUUCAGCGUUUUUAGCUGCCACCCCCCCCCCCCCCCCCCCUCUCCUGAAUAUACAGCUUUGUAAGGUUGGCAGUGGGGUAGAAAAACAAAGUUCCAAUUAUCAUACAUUGGGCAGUGGGUAACAAAAAAAAUUAUUUCUCACUUUUACAGUGCUUUGAGCAGUGGGGUAAAAAAGAAAAAAGUUAUAAUUCUUACCAUACAUUUGAAAUGGGGGUGCUGCCAAAUUUAUUACCAAAUCAUUAGGGGUAUUGUAAUCGUGAAUAAAAUACAGCAUUUUCAAGUGAAAGAGUGCUUUUUGCCAUAUCACUUUUUAUUUGGUCUUGUAUUCAGGUUAUGUCUUCAUAACCCUGAUUUAAAUCAUUACAAACCAGAACUGGACGUAACUGUAAAACAUGAAUAAAUAAACAAUGAUAGCAGUGUUAUGUCACAAUAUGAGUGUAAAUUAUAGAAGAUGUUAUAACGUGAAUUACAGAAGCUCUUUUAGGGUUAACGUUAGGUAUGGUGUUCUAGGAAACUCACCUGUAUCGCUGAAAGAUGUGGAAUAUGGGCUUUACACAGGAAAGUUAAAAAUGUACGUUGUAUGUCAAUGUACUAGUAGAAUGCCCUAUUUUGGUUAAAGCAAAUACUGUAUAUGUUGUAUAAUUUCCAUUGUAUAUUGAAAAGAUGUAUAUAUUUAUACUUGAUAAAGUUAAGGUAUUUGUAUUGAAGAAUAUGAAAUGAUAUAUUAUACUUUAAUUGGAUAUUGUUUGCAAUUAUUUGUAUCGUUAAUUAAUACACUGAGUGUGACUAAAUUUCAUUCCAUCCUUGCUAUGUGGCGCUUGUUCAUAGUGAAAUGUACUAUAUAAAGUAUAUAAAUAUGUAUAAAUAAAGCAAGUAUAAACAAA